AUGGGUUCGGAUGCACCAAAGGACGACAGUGACACUGAUAUUCCAAAGUUUAACCCAAAAAUCGUAAGCGUCGACGGGAUUUUUUUUUUCAGUGAUUGCGGAAUAUUUGUCGCCUCAUUUGCCGAAUACUUCAUCAUUAAGUUUGAUCUCCCGACGGGCUACGAUCCCGACACGGAGAGGAUGAGACCAAGAACAUCGAAAAUCCCCAAAUACAUCGAAACAACCCCACCAAAAUCCUUCGUCUACACCAUCAAUUCCAUCUCCUUCUCCCCAGUCGCCCCCCACGACUUCGCCGCCGUGCAUUCCGCCACAGUCUCCAUCUUCUCCGGCCAAACCCUCGACCACAGAUCCACGAUCUCUGACUUUUCCGACACCGUUGCAUCUGCCUCCUUCCGUGGCGACAGAAAGCUUCUCACCGUCGGAGACCUGACAGGCAUUGUCGACAUGUUCGCCGCCCUCGAUUUGGAGCCGUCGAUUUUUUAUCGUCGCUAG